CGCUCUUUUUUGACAUUUCUUCGACAAUUUGACGUUUUAUGCGUGAAUCAAACGUCAAAUUGUCGAAGCAAUGUCAAAAAAGUGCGAAUUUCGCGGUUAUGAGUACUAGGCUUUACUCGGGUAGUUGGAGUGACUUAACUGGGUUAAGAAACGUCGCAACCAAGGUGAAUUCUGUCAUUUGCUAUCAUGUUUUGAUCUGAUUUGAUUUUGAAUCACGUACAUUCAUCGUUCAUUUCUUCAUUUUCUUUGUGAAUUGGAUUUAUAUUUGAUCAUGGAUCCAGUUACCUUUUUUAAAAACCUAUCGUGCGUGUCGAGCCAAUUUUACCUAGCCGAUUGUGAACGCAGGUGUACCUAAUUUUACGGUUGAAGCAUUCCCUAGAGCAUCCCGAACAAUAUUUUUAUUUUUCAUUUUGCUGAUUUAUGUUGCGUUUGAAGUUUUUCGGUUGUCACCCUGAACUACAUCAAUAAAUACACGAAAAAAUACACAGAUGUAAUGCGGGCAUAACUUGUCAAAUAGUAGCAAGGUUCCAUUCUAAGCUCGCGACUCCAAGGAAGAUUCAAGGAAGGACUAUAAAUUCGGCCCUAAAUAAUUAAAUACAAUUUUGUAUUAUUUAUCCAGAAAAAUUAAUAAUCAACACAUAUUUUUUGCUUCAAAAGUUCUGGGUUUAUUCCAACGCUCUCUUUACUCUAGAGCUCGUGAGAAAAAAUUGCUCUCACUCUAUUCCAAAUUGGUGGGAUUGCACAUGCUUUAUGAAAACGCCAUCCUUGACAUUUCACUGACACUCAUAUGAUUUUAUGAUGUUUUUUUAAAAACAAAAAUAAAAACCUUGUGAUGUUACCCCGGUACUAUAAACAAGAUAUCGACAAUAGGAAACAACAAAUAAAUACUUUGAAAAUAUUUAAUGACAAUGUCAAAGAAAUCAAAGAAGACUCUGAAUACGAAGUCCAAUUCUAUUCGGGCGAAAACAAUUUAAUUUUAAAAGUGUCUUUGGGUGCCGAUUUCCCAAAAGAAAAACCUGUUUUGGUGAUCCAACCCAAAGUGGAUCAUCCUUGGGUCAAGGAAAAUGGCAUGGUUAUCAAUGCACCAGGCUUAUUGAAUUUCACUCCACAUUCAGAUCUAGGUCGUGUGGUACAAGCAAUUAUAAGAGAGCUACAACGAAACCCUCCUGCCCUUUUAACAGACAAUAGUGUGAUAUCUUCAAACAUUCCAAUAAAUGGUAAUGAGACAAGAACUAGUCCAAAUUUUUCAAACUAUAACUUCUCUCCUCCACAACAUUCCUCAAAUAAUAAGGCAAUAAGUUUAGUAUUUCCAGAACUCAAUCAAUUAACUAAUGAGGACUUGAGGUUUCUCAAUGAAUCAGAAGAAAGGCAAAUUGAAUUCAUUGAUAGUUUGCCACCUUUCAAGGAACAGAAUCGGAUAUUGGAUGAACUAUUAUUGCAAAUAGAAGACAUUGCUGAGGAUAAUUUAAACAAAGAACAGCAAUUGUCUAAUUUAAAAGCCUCAGUCGAUUCCAGAAUAGAAGAAGUCACUAAACUAGCAUUCGACAACGAGAGAUUGUAUUCUGUUUAUCAGAAUUUGUCUGAGAAAUACUCGCCUAGAAAUAUACAGGAAGAAUUGGGAAAAGCUGCUAAAACAGCCGAGGAAGAUGGCGAACAAAUUGCAGAAUCGUUUUUAAAAGGGGAUUUGGAUGUGGACAAGUUUUUGAAUAAUUUUAUUAAAAGUAAAUCUUUGUAUCAAAUGAGGAAAACCAAAGAGGAAAAACUAAGCCAGCAAUUGGAUAGACUUGAAAAGGCUGGCUUUUAAUUUUUUGUUUGUUUAAUUUUAAUAUAUUUUUAUUUAUUUAUUUAUCUAUGUUUUCUUAGGGGUCUUCUACAAGCCAUUUAAAAAAAAAUAUGUAUUUUAUUUUAUUAUUAUAGGGCCACUUCAAGUGUAAAAUUCAAAUUAAACCCUUAAAAAUAUAUAUUUAUUUUCCUAAAUAUAUUAUACAAAAAACAAAAAAAACUAAUAAUUCAUAUGCGAAUAAUAAUCUUGAAACACUUGCACAUAAAUCUCUUUUUCAGCUUGUGUCAUUUCACUUAUAAUACUAUCAUUAAUAUCAGUAAUUAAAUAAGUUUUAAUACCAACAUUAACUGUUGGAACACUGCCAUCGUCUUCAUCUUCACUCUCCAUUGUUUCCACUUCUUCAUCAACAUGAUUUUUCACUUGAUUUAAUUGGUCAGAAUCAGAGUCUGAAUCAUUGUUAGUGACCAGUCCUUUAACUGCACUGGAAGUUUGAUUAGUUGGUCGUUUUUCGUGAGCCAACAAUGCACUCAUUAUAUCAUCAUUUUUAGGUACUUGACUAUUGGUUUCUUCAUUUUGAUCACUAUCAGUAUUCUUAUUGUCUCCUGGUAUAAUGUUUGAAAUGACAGUGGAUUCAGUCAUCCAAAUUGGUGCUUCCUUAUGAUUAGCUGCUGCACUAGCAUUAGUAUCUUCGCCAAUUGAAAUAUCAACUCUGGUUUCUUCAACAGCAAAUCCACCACCUCUGGUAGCUUCUCCUGACCAUUCUUGCCCAGGAAUUCCAGUUGAUUUUUUAUCCAAUCCUCUAAUGGUGCUUAUAUCAACUGGUUCAGGUUCGAGCACUUCAGGAGCCAAUUUAAUGCCUUCCACUUCGCGUAAUAAAAUAUAAAGAGGUUCUAGUUGCUCAUUGAAUUUAGCUAAUAACAGUCUGGAGUCUUUUUUAGGGAGGGCCGAAGAGUCUUCUUCAACAACUUCCUUGCAGAAAGUGCAUCUGAAUUCACCGGUCAUAAAAUCAAAGAGCUGGUCAGCUUCGAGAUCAGUAAAAGUUUUGAGGCACGCCAAGCACUUGAAACUGGCCCUGCUAGUAGCGUCCCGUUCCUCAGUUUCCAGUCUUUUUCUCAUAAGAUCCAAUUUGUAUUUGACUACAUUUACAAAGCUCUUGUAGUUGAUGAAAUAGUAGUUUACCUUUUGAGCCUUGCCGUCCGCUCCGGUUUCCAUUCUGAGCCGGACUUGGAUGAAUUUGUCGUUUUUCAGCAUGGCUAUUCUGGCUCUGAGCAUUUUUCUUUCGAAUUUUAGGAGCUCGCAGAUAUCGUCUUCUUUCAUGCAAGGGUUUCUUACCAGCAUGUCCACUAUUAGGGCAUCCUCUAUGGUGUAAAAACCUCGGACGACAAGACGGGCCAGUUGUUUAAGGCUGCUGGGCACUUCUGUUACUAGUUUUUCUUCUGACAUGAUUUAUUUUAUUUGAUUUUCUGCUGUUUACUCAUUAUUUUGAAUUUUUUAAAUCAACUAACCAUAAAAACAUAACACAACUGGAGUGCCUUUAGAAAUGGAGUGUGAAGGUAGAGUAGUUGUUUGUCAGAGUGUUCUGACGUCAUCACCGUUUUUCAACCCAGUCCCUGAG